AUGAUAAAAGAGGAAAAACGUGCUCUGCUUCAGACCAAAUGGUGGGAUUUCAUCAACAGUGCCCAUAAUAUGUCAGACCCUUGUCACUGGGAAGGCAUAUCUUGCAAUGAUUUUGGAAGCCUUGUUGAGAUGAAUUAUCAACAGAUGACUAUACAAUGCUACCGUCUAGCAGAUUUCAAUUUCACUGCAUUUCCCAAUCUAGAACGUCUCACACUUUUUGAAAUGGCUUUGAUAGAUACCAUUCCAAGCCAGAUAGGAUCUCUUCGUAAACUUAUCCUUCUAAACUUAUCUUUGAACACUCUUACUGGGAUCAUUCCAUCACAAAUAGGGGCUAUUCAAAAUCUUACUCAUUUAGACUUGUCUUCUAACAGUCUUACUGGGAUUAUUCCAUCCCAAAUAGGAGCUCUUAAAAAUCUCAUAUAUCUGGACUUAUCUUCGAACAGUCUUACUGGGAUUAUUCCAUCCCAGAUAGGAGAUUAUCAAAAUCUCACUUAUCUGGACUUGUCUUCUAACAGCCUUACUGGGAUUAUUCCAUCCCAAAUAGGAGCUCUUCAAAAUCUCGCUUAUCUGGACUUGUCUUCUAACAGUCUUACUGGGAUUAUUCCAUCCCAAAUAGGAGCUCUUCAAAAUCUCACUUGUCUGGACUUGUCUUGUAAUAAUCUUACUGAUGUCAUUCCAACUCAUAUAGGAGGCCUUCAAAAUCUCAAUCAUUUGGACUUGUCUUGCAACAACCUUUCAGAUAUUCUACCUUCCACCCUUCCCAACUUUAUUUCAAAUCACUAG